AGCCGGCCAGAGGCGUAAAGGGAACCGGACAAAUUCCUCCGUCGUCUGGUAGCUUCUUCUCGCGGCUGCGCGAUGGAGAGCUGGGUCCGCGCGGUGGUGGAGGCUAUCCACUCAUCUCGCGCCCAGGCCGUCAUCUACCUCGCCGGCGGCGCCUCGCAGGCGCUCGGGUGGCUGCUGUCCGUGCCCGGCGCGUCCGGCACCGUCCUCGAGGUCGUCGUGCCCUACUCCAUGGCCUCCAUGGCGCAGCUGCUCGGCAAGAUGCCCUUGCAGUUCACCAGCAAGCAGGCCGCAGAGGACAUGGCAUUGGCCGCGUUCAACCGCGCCCUCAAGCUUUCUGGACCAGGUCUACAAGUAAUGGGUGUUGGCUUCACUGGGUCACUGGCUAGCUCACGUCCAAAACAUGGUGAGCAUAGGUUCUAUGUGUCAACACGAACACAAAAUUGCCUCAGGACAUCACAUGUUACAUUGUCAAAGGGUUUACGGAGCAGAGAGGAAGAAGAUAAAGUUUCAAGCUACUUUCUGCUCAAGGCAAUUGCAGACGGCUGCAAAGUUCCUGCAACCAUUCAGUCAGAUGUUCAAGAACCUGAACUUCCAAAAGAAAGCGUGGAACAAUUUGAUGAAGACCAAGAACUCCAGCAAGUUAUUGAUGGGCAAGUCUGCAUGAAAGUGUAUCACUUUUCUGAUUCAAUGGAUAAAAACUUCAACAGGAAAAUAAUUCUACCUGGUUCAUUCAAUCCCCUGCAUGAUGGACACCUUAGGCUGUUAGAAGUUGCAUCAAGCAUGUGUGAUGAUGGUCUUCCAUGCUUUGAGAUAUCAGCAAUCAAUGCCGACAAACCUCCACUAUCUAUCGCAGAAAUCAAGCGCCGGGUUGAGCAAUUUAGAAAAGUAGGGAAGAAUGUGAUAAUAUCUAACCAACCAUACUUUUACAAGAAAGCGGAGCUAUUUCCAGGCAGUGCAUUUGUAAUCGGUGCAGACACUGCAGCUAGGCUUGUUAAUCCUAAGUAUUAUGGAGGUGAUUACAAUAGAAUGCUAGAGAUACUUCUCGAAUGUAAAAACACAGGUACAACAUUUCUUGUUGGUGGUCGAAAUAUUGAAGGAGUUUUCAAGGUCCUUGAAGAUUUGGACAUUCCAGUCGAGUUAAGGGAAAUGUUUAUCUCUAUACCAGAGGAGAAGUUUCGCAUGGAUAUUUCAUCUACAGAUAUAAGAAAAAAACAAGGGCCUUGAUGUAUCAAACAUGCUGUUCUUCUUAUAUACUCCCCCCGUCACCCCGUCCUAAAAUAUAGCAACAUGUCUAAUCGAUUACUAAGUUGCUAUAUUUUGGAACAGGGGGAAUAGUAGAUUCAAAAUAAAAAAAUUGGUGGUUCAAAUUAUUGGAUGAACUUCGUGAACCGUCAUGGCAGUGUGUCAUGCCAUAGGUUUUGGCCCUACGAAUAACAACUUCUUUUCUGUAUCUUAGUAAAACAACAGUGGUUGGAGAUGUAAAAAACCUACUUCCCUGUUUAUCUUUCUCUUUUCUUGGAUGAUUAGGCAAUUAUGCCCAGUUGUCCUUUAUACUAUUCUUUUUUUGUUUGGAUGCUUUUCACAUGUACCUGUACAGGCUCCACAAUGUCACAUUAUCAGUUGAAAAAAGGACACCGCUGAAUUCUUGAUAGUGACAUACUCACAUGCUUUGUCAA